AUGAAAUCUCUGCAAAUUAAGGGACUGGUGAAGGGGAAGAACGAGGGGUACUACAACCUGGUGACGGUUAUAAGCCUGAACGAUGAGGAGCUAGACGAGCAAAUUGUUGAACGGGAAGAAAGCGUAAGGGGCAAUUGGGCAGCCAUAAAAAGUGCAAAGGAAAUUAGCAAAAGUGAGAAAAAGCUAUUUGGUGCAAUCAUGAGAAAUGAAAGAGUCCGUUUAAGGAUAAAAGGAAAUAUAAAAAAAGUAACACAGAGAAGGAGAGAAGAUCUGAGAGAACAUUAUCGGGAGGAAGCACUUAAUGAUUUUUUGGAUGCAGAUGUAAGUGGUGACAAGGAAUAUAUGAACGAAUUUUUCAAGUACAUGCAGAAUGUCAAAGGGGUAAAAUUUUACGGGAACGUCGUUAGGAGGGGGAGAAGCAGGCGUGGAGACAACGUAGAGGAGGGCGCCUUCGAACGGUUGGAUGAAGGAAAUGAAAACUAGCAAAAACGUAGCCACCGAACCGAUAAGCACUAACAAGGUAGAGGAAAAGACACUAAGAAGGACUUUUCAAGAAAUUAAAAUGUCAGUAAAGGAAUUGCACAAGCCGAGGGUAAUCAUCCAAUCAACACAGAGAGAGGUUGAUAGUAGAAUGAAGCAGGAAGAGAGACAUAGCGUUAUGUACAAUUUGAAAGAAGGCAGAUAUGUGAAUCCACCAAGGAAAAGCCCCCCUAUUAAGAAGAGCCCAAACUAUGAGCAGCAUAAGUUGUAUUUUAACGGACUCUUCAAACACAUAAGAGGAGGGAAGAAGGGAUCGCUAGCCGUGGCUAAGGUGGCAGCGGCGAGAGGUGGAGGAAGCGGAGGAAGCGGAGGAAGAGGAGAAAUCGCAGAAAUCGCAGAAAUCACAGAAAGUGCGGAGGAAGAGGAAGAGGGUCCCCUCUGUGCUGCUGGAGAAGAGGACACCAUGGAGAUCAUUUGUGAAGAAGAGUUCGUAAAGAAAAAAUUUGUGCUGAAGGAAAAGAUCAAGGACGAGUAUAGGAGGAAGAGGAAGGGCUCCAGUUUUUACAACAGCAGCGGAAGCAACAGAAGGAGCGGAAGCAGCAACCGAAGCAGAAACAGGGAUGGGCUCCUUCCACCCAAUCGGGAAGCUGCCUCGAACGCGAGACGAAGCACGAAGUACGUGUUCGACGAGACAGCCCUCAGCGAAAGCGACUUGGACGAUUUGGAGUACUUGGUCAGAGUGAAGGAGAAUAACGCGAGGAGCUCUGCCGGGUAAAUGGAAGAAAAGCUGAAUAAUCCAAAGGAAGAAAAAACAGAAUCAUGUAUAAAGGAGAUAACUGGAAUGACAACACACGUCGAUGGCUCCGUGAAGGAUCCCACGAAAAAUAAUGCCAGUGAUGAGGGGAACUCCUCUCAUACAAAUAAUCCAUCAGAAUGUGGUGAUAACGACAUGGGUAAAAAUGCUGAAAAUGGUCCCCUGCAGUUAAACAAAAAACAAGGGUUGACAGGAAUUAUGAAAUCCAACUCGAUGAUAUUGAAGCAGCAGCAUUAUGGUGGGAAGGAAAGCCUCGUGAAUAAAAGCAAGACCAUCUUAGGGAUAAACGAACUAAUGGAUGGUGCUACCAAGGGGGGGAAGUCUACACCGGGUGGUAAUCAAAUUGGGGAGGAUAGAACAGUUAAAGAGGAGGAGGACCCUACAGUGGUAGGAGAUGAGAAGGCCAAGUCUGCACUUUUGGGAAAGAACACCAUGAAGGUGGUACCACCUCCUGUGGGGGUAAAGACAGCACAUGAAACGGUAAAGAAGGAGAGUGCUUCCAUGGGAGGAGACGCUUUAAAAGGGAAUCGAAUUCCCCAUCCACUGAAGGCCCCGACACCCAAGGGGAUUAAUAACUCUCCUCGUGGUUUGGUCACUCAGGACGGGGAACCCAAGAAUGUGGGUAAGCACAGUUCGCCCGCGAUGGAGACCCCAGGAAUGAGCGAACAGAGGGGGGAAGCGGCGGUUGGGGAAGCGGCGGAUGGGGAAGCGGUGGUUGGAGAAGCGGCGGUUGGGGAAGCGGCGGCUGCUGGGGAAAAGGAUACCACGCACAGUGGUGGGAAGCCGAAAGCUGGGCGGGUUGACCUAAAGAAGGGUCUGCCACUGCGAAAGGGCAUCGAGGCGUCCGCAAAGGGGGCAGACGGUGAGAAGCAGAUGGACGCUGUGAAGGAGAUGAGCGCUGCGAGGGAGAUGGACGCUGUGAAGGAGAUGGACGCAGCGAAGGAGAUGGACGCAGCGAAGGAGAUGGACGCAGCGAAGGAGAUGGACUCAGGGAAGGAGAUGGACUCAGGGAAGGAGAUGGACGCAGAGAAGCAGAUGGACGCAGAGAAGCAGAUGGAC